AUGGGAAUACCUAUCCAUGGGCAGACUGUAACAGAUAUAACAGAUGUGACAGCAACGACGGAGGCUACGGGAUCAACGGGGAUAGAAGGGACACGUCCUGCCGAGGAAACAAGCGCACCAGGUGCAUCAACAAAUGGGCCUAUAAUAGCAGAUGGGGCAACAUCGCCUAUACCAGCAACUGGGAUAACCGCGUCUACACCAGCAGAUGAGACAACCGCAUCUACACCAGCAGAUGAGACAACCGCGUCUACACCAGCAGAUGAGACAACCGCGUCUACACCAGCAGAUGAGACAACCGCGUCUACACCAGCAGGUGAGACAACCGCGUCUUCACCAGCAGAUGAGACAACCGCAUCUACACCAGCAGAUGAGACAACCGCGUCUACACCAGCAACUGGGAUAACCGCGUCUACACCAGCAGAUGAGACAACCGCAUCUACACCAGCAGAUGAGACAACCGCGUCUACACCAGCAGAUAAGACAACCGCGUCUUCACCAGCAGAUGAGACAACCGCAUCUACACCAGCAGAUGAGACAACCGCGUCUACACCAGCAGAUGAGACAACCGCAUCUACACCAGCAGAUGAGACAACCGCGUCUACACCAGAAACUGGGACAAUCGUGUAUACACCAGCAACUAGGACAAUCGCAUCUACACCAGAAACUGGGACAAUCGCGUAUACAGCAGCAGAUGAGACAACUCCGUCUACACCAGCAACUGGGACAACUGCGUCUACACCAGAAUCUGGGACAACCCCGCCUACACUAGCAACUAGGACAACCCCGUCUAUACCAGCAACUGGGACAACCCCGUCUACACCAGCAACUGAGACAACACAACCUACACCAGUGUCUAGGACAACCCCGCCUACACCAGCGACUAGGACAACCGCGCCUACACCAGAGACUAGGACAAUCCCGCCUACACCAGCAGAACCACCUACAAAACUGGCUACGCAAGCGCCUGGUAAUGAAACAGAGCCCACAACUGAAACACAACCUCUGAAGGCGUUCGAGGGUGACAUAAAGAUCCUGCAAAUUGAUGGAGUCGAAGCUGUGUUUAAGCCCGACUACCAGAAGCCAGAAUCAAUACUUUACAGGAAUUUGAGCGGCAAAGUUUGCAUUGCGGUCGACGCUGCCCUGGAAAACUCAGAUGCUGGAAAUAGUAUCGCGGACUGCUCUGUCUCUGAAUUCAGGAAAGGAAGCAUUGUGGCUACAUUUCUGAUGAAAUUUCCACCGGAAACGAAAGACAUCUCUGUGGAACUAACGAAGAGUUUAAAGGACGCUUUCAACAACUCAGAUGACGAAAGGAUUACUGCCCUCACUGUUGAUCCGUCAUCAAUCACAGUUAAAGAAUAUUUCCCGAACACAGAUCCACCCCAAAAGGAAGACCCGGGUCUGUCCCCGGGGGCCAUCGCCGGCAUUGCGGUCGGUGGUGUCGCCGCUGCUGCCAUCAUCGUUGUGGUCAUCGUUCUUGUUGUGAAAAAAACGGGACGAUCAGCCAAGGUCGAGGACGUGGAGGAACAGGAGCUGACUCGGCCGUCGUCUCGAGGCAACAGCCCGCCGCCUCGCGGCAACAGCCCACCGCCUGACCAGGUAUCCAACGCCUCGGACAAGUCAUCUUGA